GUAUGUGUGUGUGUAUGUAUGUGUGUGUGUGUGUGUGUGCACGCGUGCGUGUAUGUGUGAGUGAAAGAGAGCAGGAGUAGGAAUAAUAAGGGCCAAAAGAAGAGAUGAAGUUGUGGAUUGUGUGUUUGUUGUGUGUGGCUCCAGUUCUAGUGGGCAGCAAAUGUGUGGCAGAGACGCAGAGUGAUGGCUAUCUCGUCAGGCUCAGUAUUAAAACAGAGCUGGGAGAUAAUGCUUAUGACUGGAAUGCCAAUGAGAUAUUCUUCUUCAGAGCAGCAGUGGCCUUUGCCAUGAGGAGCUACACCUCUGAACAGACCUACAACGUCUCAAACAUCUUGGUGUGUAAUGUAACAGAGCGAGUGUCAUUUUGGUUCGUGGUGAUGUCACCGAGUAAUAGCUCUCAGCUCAUUUCCAAACAUAUAGUGGAGAAGGCCAUCAGGAAGUCGAGGCAUCGGAUCAAUAAUGCAUUCCUGCUGACGGAUCAGACGCUGGAGUUUGUGGGGAUAAACCCGACUCUCCCAGCUCCGGUGGAGUACAACACACCACCGUGGAUCAUAGCAUUUGGUGUAGUGAUGGGACUCGUGUGUGCUGCCAUCAUUGUCAUGCUCCUCUCCCCUUUCAUUAAGAGGAUACGGACAAAGAGCCAACAGUCUGAGGAAGAGGAGGAAAGCGCGACCGAAAAUGAAAUCAUGUGUGAGACAAUGAAGGACAAAGUUGGCUUUAAUAAUGGAGGAUUUGCUGAUGAUGAUCGAUUCACUCAGCUCUAAAGACUGAUGGACUUUAACACCCUUAUCAGUACUGUAAUGCAGAAGUUUGAGCUAAUGUUGCUAGUAACAGCAGUCAUGCUUUACUAGCCUUUAUUUCACACUUAGCUCCAGUAUUACUGGCACUCUUGGUAAAUAUGCGUAAAAAGUAAAUAUGACACAAUACGACUUUUCUGAUACUGAAAUCUUGAGCAUCAGCUGACUCCGAUAUUGUUUCCUUUAAAAACUUAACAGUUACACACAAAGAAAAACGAGUCAUAUUACUUUAUAUAUAAAUAUUUCCAGUUCCAAAAAUACAUUUCUUUCUCAAAGCCAAUCCCAAUCUUUGCCAUUUAUUACAACAUCUGAUAUCAGAUACCGUGUUUCCUCUGAUGUCCGAUCCAACGUUUCUUGCUGGUAUCAGUCUGAUAUCCGUACUGAGCAUAAAAAGGUUAUGAAAAAAGUCUUUGUGUUCAAUGACCUAUUAGAUAAAUAAAUUUUUGCUAUUUAAUUAGUUAGAAAAAAUGUGGCUAAUCUGGAAUGACUGAAUAUUUGAAAG